AGCCUCUGUGCUGCUCUUCCAAUCGCGCCAGAGAGCAAGAGAGGGAGGGAGAGAGAGACAGAAAGAGAGAGAGGAAAAACUGAGAGUGUGGCUAUCUUCAAGAGGGGGUGGGAACACUGAACCUGGAAGCUGAAAAGUUUUCCCAAGCCUGUAAACAAGAAUCAAAGCUUGUAAGAGCAUUGAGGCAUUAAAAUCAAGUGGAAGAGGAGUCCGGUACAGCACGACUGACUUACUUAAAGGUGAAAGGAAAGGAAAGAACAAGACCAUUUUCCUGUAUAGAGUGAUCUGUCAAGAUCAAGAACAGCCUCAGAAUGGGAGAAGAUGCAGUACAGGCAGAGAGGAGCAGCAUGAUAAGUGCACAUGAGAGCCAGGAGCUAGUGGUGCCCACCCCUAGCCCCACACAAUCUUCACCCACCCAUAGCCUCUCCCAUCUGGGCAAUGCUGCCACCAUGGCCCCUAGUGGAGAACCUAGUAGUCCAGGAACUGGGGCCAACACAGGCACUCUCACCAGAGAUGGAGUUUCAACUACAGGCCCGGUGAACGCCAUCACAGUCCUGACCCUUCUAGAUAAGCUGGUGAACAUGCUUGACACAGUGCAAGAGAACCAGCACAAGAUGGAGAUGAGGCAAGUUGAGAUAGAGGGGGCCGUGAGGGGCAUCCAGAACGAUAUGACCAAGCUGUCCAAGAGUCACACCUCCACCUCGAACACGGUCAGCAAGCUACUGGAGAAGAGCCGUAAGGUCAGCGUCAACAUGAAGGAGGUCAAGGACAAGAUGGAUAAGCAGGCCACCCAGGUGAAGAAAUUGGAGGUCAACCACACUCACCUGCUUAGGAGGAACAACUUCAAAGUGCUCAUCUUCCAGGAGGAAAAUGAGAUCCCAUCAAGUGUCUUUGUGAAGGAACCUGCACCGUUACCUGAAAUGGAGGAGGAGACCUCGGCCAUUGAUGCCAACCGUUCUCAAGAGGAGGGUCUUCAGACCAUUGCCCUCUCUUCGGAUGAGGAGCAGGGACCAGAGGAGGAUGAAGAUGAAAUUUUGGCCAUUUUGGACCUUGAAGCUGAGUCCAGAGUUCAAAAAUCUCGAGCUGAGAAGAUCAAGCGUUCCAGUCUGAAGAAAGUGGACAGCCUGAAGAAAGCUUUCUCCAGGCAGAAUAUUGAGAAGAAGAUGAACAAAAUCAGCACCAGGAUUGUGUCACCAGAAAACCGUGAAAAAAUCAAGAAAAGUCUGACACCAAACCACCAGAAGAACCCUAGUGCCAAGAGCUCUUCCUUCAAGGUCUCUCCCCUCACCUUCAACAUCAAGAAGGUUCGCAGCGGGGACAGUGAACCAGAGGCUGAAGCUUCAUCUCAACCUGAAAGCUCACCAAGUGCCAUCGCCUCCAUCGAACUGGCUCCAAUUGAGAGCCCAACUGAAGACCUGCCCUUCAAGGAGGUUCACUGCCAACUUGCACCAGGACAGGAGGAAGUUAUGUUGGCUGUGGAGGCAAUGGAGAAGGAGGUGCCCAGCAUCCUGAAUGGCACAGCUGAGAUUGAGCCUGAGCUGUCGAUCACAGAAGAUGUAAGUGAGGAGUAUGCCCUUUCUACGACACUGCUCCAAGAUGCCUCUCAGAUAGAGGUGUCCCAAAAUUAUUUACAGGGAGAAAACGAAGAGGAAGGAGAGGAGGAAAAGGGAAAGGAAGACAUGCAGGAUGAAAAGUGCCCUGUAGCAGAAGCUGCAACUGCAGGCCAAGCAGAGGGUGUUGCUGUAGUGCAAGCAUCCUAAUGUCCUGACCCUCCAUUCCAGCUUUGACACCCUCCUUAGCUGAGAAAACACUCUCUUCCUUAUCAGUGCCAGCCAUCCCCCAAGUACCCAGACAUCUGCCCAGUCCUGGCAGAGUACAGUCCUUGCAGAGACUUCUUGUCUCUCACAAUAUAGUCUAUUCAAAGGAAAAAUUCAAGGACUAUGUGACUUUUGCAAAGUAGGCCCCUUAAUCCUGUUGCUAGUCCUUAGUCCUUUAAGCAUUUAGUGUUUAUUUUAAAAAGUCCAUGUGAAAGCAGUCUUAUUAACUAAGCUGAUACAACAGUCUGUUAAUAAACAUUUUACUUGUGAGAACUCACUCAAACUGAUACUACUAGACAUUAAUGUUACACUGUUGGCCAGACCUUUUGUUUUGUCAACCCUGUUGUGGUGCCUAUCUGUCAGCUAUGAAAGCGGGCAAAGAAAAAUAAAAUGCUUAAAGCCAAAAGAGUCAGCAGGUGCCAAGUGCAAUCCAUCUACCCGAAGGGAAUGUUUUAACCAUGGCCUGGUUCUCAGCCCCCAAUUCAUUUCUUCUGGAACAGCUUGUGCACAGCUGAAAGUGAUGUUGGCUAUUUGCAAUCAAGAUAAUUUGCAGCCUUGAUGCCCUUUCUUCUGAUUAAACAACAAAAAUACAAAAUAAAUAUAUUACAAUGUCUCUGUCAGUGUUGUAGUCAAGACCACCUAAACUGAGACCAAGUCAAGACCAAGACCAGAGUGUAUCGAGACAGAGACAAGACCAAGACUUUGAGGGGUUGAGACUAAGUCAAGACCAAGACCAAGGCAGGGCGAGACAAAGUCAAGACCAAGACCAGACCAGUGCGAGUCCCACACUGCAUGAUACACGAUAAAAUGUGGAACAUGCAAACCAUAGGCACUCCUUAAAUUGAUCUGAAAGAUUCACAUUCCCAUAAAAACACCCACAGAAAACAAAUGAAGAUUCCUCUUCAUUCACCUCUUUUAUUGCCAUGUGUGUGUGUGUGUGUGUGUGUGUGUGUGUGUGUGUGUGUGCCAUGAGAAAUGUCUUGAUAAAAUAAUCAAAAGGCAUUGUAGAGGUAAAUUGUGUGUGAAUUUUCCUUUGUUUUCUAUGAGCAAACAAAUAUAAACAAACACUAAGGAGCUGAAAUCAACUUAACCAUCUUUAUUCAACACUCCUUUUCCAAGUUUUACCAUCCACCUAAAACAAUAAAACUUUUGUGCAUCACAUCAGGUUUUCUGGAUGACUCUUCCCCUAGAAACCAUCAUUAAGUACAGAAUAUAUCAAACAGUUAUUCAGUACUUAAGUCUUCACUUUUCUUUGUCUUUUCUUAAAAAAUAUAGUAUGUUUUUUGUUGUUUUUGAACCAACAACAAACCUUGUAUAAAUGUGUGCAAUUUGCUAACCACAUAGCUAAAUAUAGAAAAUAGAACAAAGAAUGCCAAGCCUAUUUAAAAUUAAAUUUUUUCAUAUAAGUGGAGGCGCAUUACUCGGUCUCCACUCUCUGCUGUCACAUCUCUAGCUCUCUCACCCAAGUGAGGGAGUGUUACCGUGGUGUGUAGCGUUUAUGUCAGAGCUGACAUCAGCUAAUGUUGAUGUAAUGUAACUUUAUAUACAUUAGCUACAUAGCUUUAUGUGGCCUGUCUCGUCAUUGUUUAUCACAAGCAAAAACUUAACUUGGGAAAAACAAUUUGUCAGUACAUGCCCUGUACUUUCAAUCUCUCACAAAGUUAACACUGCAUUAGCUACAUCCCUCAAUAUAUGUUAAUUAAAUUAGGUAGCUUGCGCACCUAGCUAGGUGGCAAAUAGCUGGCAAGCAACUGAAACUAGUGCCCUAAAAAACAGUAAAUACUUAGCUAGCUAAUAUGUAUAGCUAAUACUCGCUAAAUCUCUUUGGGUGAGGGGUGAAGAUGAGAUUAGGUACAGAUGCUGUGUUCCAUUCAAAUCGGAUGUGGGAUAUUCCACUUGAUAUAUCCAAUCUCCGACUAAAGGCAUUACAAUGCCAGAUGCUCGGAAGAUGACGUUAAAGGAAACAAAACUGCAAUGCUCCCGUUAGCUUAGCAGGUGUUUGACUGUCACCAGAGAUGUCUCCUAGCAACCCAAUUCAUAAACAAUCUGCAACGCUUGCAUUUGUGCUACAGGUGUACGAUUAUCAAAAGAGAGUAUAAUUUAACGUUUUGAACACCUGCUACUCUGCUAACGUUUGUUAAACAAGCUUUCAUAUCAUGUAAUAUAGGAACUUUGGCUAAUUUAUCUAUAUUAUUUAAUAAAAGUGAAUGUUUAUCACUUAUUUUAUACAUCUUCCUGGGUGCCGACAAGAUUGUGUGACGUCACGUACCUGCAUCUCGGCGAAAUCGGAGUUUAAAAUUUCCGCACGACUUUCCAAGUUGUAAAUACGACUUCAAGUGGCGUUCCAUUGCAAUUUUCCCUGUAGGAAGUUGGAAAAUCCGACUUUCCCAGUUGAAAGGAAUGCAGCAAGAGGCAGACUGCUAAUGUUAGCUAGCUAGCUUUGCUAGCAUUACUUACACUUAGCUUACCUUUCUUUAUGCUUCCAUUCUAAGUGCCGAUAAACUUUUGACGUGAUCCCAGCCGUCUCGGUUAGUAUUGCAUUGCAGAAUUUACAUACUGCUGUGUGAUUUCUUUUGGACGCUUUUUUGCAGAUGAACUCUUUGUGGUUUAGGUCAGUGUUUCCCAACCUUUUUUCUGCCACGGCACACUUUUUACGAUUAAAAAAUCCCAUGGCACACCACUAUCCCACAUAACCAUCGUCAAUAGUUUUCCUUUUCAAGAACUUGUCCAUGUUUUCUGUUUGUCUUAGUAGCGUGAACUUGUAAUGUUUGAAAUCGGCUAUGCAAAAAACGCAAGUAUCAUAGGUAUGCUGUAUAAUGAGGUCACAGAUGCCAAUACGCUAACUGGAUAAUGAAAAACCAACAAAUUUGUGUCUUUUCCAAUUUGUAGAUUUGUUCUUGCAAAUUAAUUCUUGCAAUGGCACAGCAAAUAAUUUUUUUGUAUUUUCUGGAAAUAAAGUCGUACUGAGUCAAAAACGCGUUGUUGAUAGAGAGAGAAAAAAAACACAUAAGUCGCUAUGACAGAGGUUGGAUCCGGCAGGCACUAGCACCCGGGAGCAGCUGCCCGGCCUCCGUUCAGAUGUCAAACGCGCUCUGUGAAGAUUACAGUACCUCAGAAUCUACACAUCAAAUCACGGUGUUUUUGGACUUGUUUAAAACAGGAGAAUUUGCUUUUAGUAAUCGUAUGUAACAGUUCUUCAUAGUCUUUUUAUGUUUCAUGAGAGAAACAUGACAAGUAAUCCACAUCUGUUCAUAACAUCUGUAACUCUAUGCUGUGCACAAAUAAACAGCCUUUAGUCUUUGAGUAAAACAAUACACCAGUUGUAUUCUAUUCAUUCAUUCGUUUCACUAACUGAAUGUUUUUACUACAAGUGUGACGAUGAAGCAUAAUUUUGUGGGCAUGUGAGGAGUUGCGUUUGACAGCGACUAGAGGUUGUUAGAACAGUAAUGUUAUGAUGGGCAAAAUAUUUAAACUGGUUGCGUAAAAUACUUUGUAAUGGAAAAUAUAUUGAAUUGGCAACUUUUAAACUCUUUUACUGUCCCUAUGCCUUCAUUAAAAUACUGGGAAAAAAAUGUAUUUUUUUUAUUUAUUUUUAUAUUUUUCAAGGAAUUUGAUAAUUUUCCAUGGCACACCUGACAAUCUUUCAUGGCACACUAGUGGGCACAGUGGUUGGGAAACACUGGUUUAGGUAGACAAAUUGUAUUACAGAAGAUUUGGCUGACAUCUCUCAGACAGCCACAGUUUCUUCUCAUGUCUCCCGCAUUUACUUUCUUGGAGUGCGUGUGAAGGGAGGUGGGGAGGGGUGACAGCCUUAACAGUAACAAAACAUUCAAAUUAGAAAUGAGUCAAGUUAUUGCUUGCAUUUGAAGCAGGAAGUUUUACAUCCAAUCACAGUAAUGAUGUUAACAAAUAAAUCAGACAAUGCACAGGCAAUUUAGUGAUAUCCCGGUCUUGAAAUAAAAUCCUGAGUCCUCUUUGUUUGAGACCGAGACAAGACCGAGUAAAAAUGCGGUCGAUUCCGAGACGAGACCGAGACCUUCAAAAAGUGGUCUUGUGACCAAUCUCGAAUAAUACAACACUGGUCUCUGUUUAUCAGAAAUAUAUACAGGGUCCAAAAGAAGUUGGAAAUCCAGCUUGGAAGAGUAUUUACAUGAACUACAAACAUUUUGUAGUGAAGAAUAAACAAUUAGAUUACCCUUGUUUGUCCUGAGCACACAUCAUAAAAUAUCAGUUCUGUGUUUGGCUUGUUUCAAAUCUGAAAUGCAUCUUACAUGGGGAUCCUUGUCUUCCCUGAGUUCCACAUGUGUCUUGGACCUUACUAAGAAAGCAUUCCUGCUUUUGAUAUAUGGCUUUUUCAGAGACCAUUUCUCAAGCUCCUGUUGGCAUGGUGUUGGCUGAGAAAGGCCUUAAACAUGCACUGUGGGACCAGUCUAGAUUACAGGCAUAUGGAAGUGAUGAAGCAAACAUUCAGCCCAGCUGGAUGCAAAUUAGCCCCCAAAUGUGUGGAAAGUGGUGGAGAUCAGAAAAAGUGAGAAAAAUUAACAUUUAUUUUGAUUGUUGAAUUGAAUUCAAGUUUUAAAAUAUAAUUUAGGAUGCAGAAUACCCCCUUCCACCCCCAUCAUAUUAGUAGCAAUACAAACAAUUGAUAUUUGUGCACACUAUGCCACUCACUACAAUACACACCCUAUAAUAAAAUGAUGCUGUUAGCUGAUAUAUUUGAAAGAAAAGAGUACUGACCAAAUAGAACAGUACUGACCAAACAAAUGGGUCUGAUUUUUUUUUUUUUUUUUGGAAAAUUAUAUAACACUAUAACAAAUAAGACUAAAAUUAUCAUCUCUUUUUGUGUUUGUUAUGUCAAUUGUGCUUUCUGCACAAUGUGAGUAAUUUGAGCAUAUUUUCAUUUCAAUAUUCUAACGCUGAACAAAAAUAUAAAAGUGUGUAUUUUUGCUUUGGGUGGAUGUCUCUUUCAAAUGUGAAAAGGGAUUAGGUUUUACAUCUUUUGAGGCUUUAAAAAAAUUUUAACUAAUUUUUGCUGAUUCUUGUAAUCCCUAAUCUAUAUUUGCAUUUCCUUAAAAAAGGUAAUUGCAUCAAUGACUUCAUAAUAUAUAAGAGAUCUAUAUGUAGUCUUAGUUAUCGUAUUUUAGAAGGCUCAUGCCAAAGAAAAGGCUCAGUUACAGCAGACACCUCAUAAUGUUUCUGUGACACCUGUUUACCAACUUGUUAUUAAAGCACGCUCUGUUAAAACUGUUCUUUUAAUGCAAAUAAAUAAAGAUUUUGAACCUGG